UUCUUAUUAUGGAAACUAUAGAUUUAAAUCUUAUAUCUCCUACCUCAUCAUCACAAACACACCAUCUUUUCUAUGUAGUUAUAUAAUGAUUUUGAUAAGUUUAAUAUUCAAUUAUACACAUUAUAUGAACUAUUAAACUCAGUUUGUGACUGGACCAUAUCCUGUAUCUAACUCUGUGCUUUUCCUAAAAUUAAUAAUUGUCUUAUUUUUCAUGUGCUUCAAGCCUGUUUUUAAUUCAUCUGCAAACUGUGUCCCUCAGAUUGCUUUCCACUAUCAACUUGAGACUUCCUUUUUCCCUGUUUUGAGUUGGAUCUCCUGUUUUUCAUAUCUUUUCCUUCUUGAUUUGACCUUGCCUAUCUGAAAAUGUCUUUAUUGAGAUUUGAGUGCUACUAUGGCUGAGUAUAGAAUUCUGGUUCGGAAUUCAUUUUUUGUCUCUGAAUUUUUAUGGCCUCCCUCCAUUGUAUUUUAGCUUCCUGUGUUGAAAAGUUGAAAGAUAUUCUAUUUCGGUUUUAUCUACUUUUCCUUUCUGGAAGCUUUUAGGGUUUUCUAUAUAUAUUACAGUUCUUAAAUUUUAUUAGGAUAUGCCUUGUUGGAAACCUGUUUUCAUUCAUUUGGCUAGGCACUCAAUGAGGCCUUUCAAUCUAGAAAUUCAUGCUCUUUAGCCCAGGGAAAUUUUCAUGAAUUAUUUCUCUGAUUAUUUUUUUCUCAUCAUUUCCUCUGUUCUCUUUGUUAUUUGGAUGAUGAACUUCUUAGACUGGUCUUCUAAAUUUGUUGUCCUUUCUUUCCUAUGUUUGUUCUCAAAUGUGUAAAACAAUAUUGGCCUAUAUCUAAAAUUGAUUUACCUCACAAGCCUCUUUUCCUGGCACCCCCACCACCAUCAUUUCCACAGAUUAAUUUGAAUUUACUUGGUCAUUUCUGAAUUAAAAUUGAAUCAAGUUAGGCUUUAAACUAAGAUUCUACCCCUAUCCAUUCUUUUCUUCCCUUCUACUCUUCUUCCCUCCUACUCUUCUUCCUCAAGUUCCUGGGGGAGACUCAUAUAUCAUCAGGUAUGAUCAGUAUGUGUAAGUUUGCAUACUCUUCUCUGUCCUUGCUGGCCUCUGCUGAGCUACUGCAUGGCCUUUGGCCUUACCCCGUGCCAGCAUCCAGCUAUGUCUAGAUCCCCUUGCCUGCUCUCUGGAUUUCAUGUACUGGAUCCACUGCCAUGGCCCUUACUGUGCUUCCAGCUGUGAAAAUAAUGUACUCAUUACCCUUUUUCUUCUAAUCCUUGUCGCCUUUAUGUCUUCAACCUCAGGCUUAGCCACUUUUUCACCCCUCUUAUGGUGGAGACUUCAGUAACUUUUCAGAUUCUCUACCACAAUAUACUGGGAUGUUUAGGAUUCAAAAGUAUCUUCAGACAAAUCCUCCUAAGUACCUUUCUCGGCCAUUAUCUUUGGUACUGUAUGUAUACAUGGAUACCUCUAACACAACCCCUCCAAGCUGUUUCCUGCCUGGCAGCCAGUAUUUUAUUUCCUUUGCAUGGGAAAACAUCUAUUAUAUUCUCUUGCAUACUUGUAUACUCUAUGUUUUUAUGGUACAAGCUUGAUAUAAAAGAAUGUAGUUAUAUCUCCUUGCAUUCUUGUCUGCUCUAUGUUUUUAUGUAAGCUUUAUACAAUGAAGCUCUUAAAAUAAUAAGGCAGCUCUGUAUAUACUGACAUAUAGUACUGUACUUCACACAGGGUUGAGGUGAGGAUUACUUGUGAUGUUAACAGGUAUGAGAUAUGACUGACAGUAAUAUUCUCUGUGAAAGGGCUCUAUUAAUAUAAUUAACCCUACCCAGGUUGAAGACACACACAUAUAGCAUUUACUAUUGUGCCUGGUACUGUAGGUACUUUAUGAAUGUUAAUCUUUAUACCAAUCUACUAGUUAGGUACUAUUGUUAUCUUCAUUUACAGAUAAGGAAACUGUGGCCCAGAUGAGAGAAGUAUUAAUAACUUUCCUAAUGUCACACUGCAAGUAAAUGAGCAAGUAUUUCCUCAUGUUUAUCUAUGAGACCCCACUUGAAAGCAAGCAGCCUGUAUAACUAUGAUCUACAUUUGAGAAUAAUUUUCAUUCGGCUUCUCCUUCCUAAAUAGUUGCCUCCCCCAUCAACCCCCAUACUAUUUUACCAUACAAUGAGAGCAGAGAUAAUCCCUUACAGGGGCUCAUAAAGGCAUAGAGCAUCUGGAGAUUUACUGCCUCUGUUACACUGCUGGAUCCCACACAACAUUUGUUAUGUUUUCAUCACUUCUCUCCAGAAGAUUUUGGGAACCCAAAUGCCUACAGAGGCCAGGCUGGUGGGAAAGAAGCAGGAAGCCACUGCAGUGAGCCGGAGAGCCGAACCUUUUCUGGAGGAGCAGCCACUGCUCCAUUCCAGAUAAUUGUUGCGAGGCAGGAAUGUUGACCUAGUGUUACCACAUUGUCCAGUUUCUCAGGCUACAUUAUUGGAAUUUUGAAGUCAUGAAAACAUCAGAUGAACCAACCUGCAACACUUUGGAUUCAGAUUGGAAGAUAAAGAGAAAGUUUAAAGAAUGUGGCCUAUAAAGGCGGGUAGUACCUGGAAAUAUUAACCGACUCACACUGUAAAAAUGAGAGGUUUCUAAAUAAUAGAAGUUGUUUUAGUCCAACAUCAAGGUUCAAGACAAAAUGUUGAACUAAAAACUUUACACUCCUCCCUCUCCCACUUCAGACAGGUACCAGCAUUGGUGAAUUAUGAUUUUCCUUAGUCGGAAGCACUCAUUUUUACCCAUGUAGAUCAUCCUUAGGAAUUAAAUAUUGGUUAUUUAAUGUAGAUUAUAAUGGGAAACUGAUUUUUUCCACAAUGGCAGAUUUCACGGACUUGGUUCCAAACUGAGCCGAAGCUUCCCCAUGCAUUUUGUACAGUCUGGGAAAAACUGUGCUGCACUGGCCCAUUUUUGAAGGCCAUCAUGCUCUGUAAUAAAAGGAUAUCAUCUUAUUGCUGAUAUCUUUGAAGAGUCCCAAGCAGACACAGAAAAUGAAUGGAGGCAAGGAGUGUGACGGAGGGGACAAGGAAGGAGGCCUUCCAGCUAUACAAGUUCCUGUGGGUUGGCAGCGUCGUGUGGAUCAAAAUGGAGUGCUUUAUGUCAGUCCCAGUGGGUCUUUGUUAUCUUGCUUGGAGCAGGUUAAAACAUACCUGCUUACUGAUGGAACAUGCAAGUGUGGCUUGGAAUGUCCUCUUAUUCUUCCCAAGGUGUUUAAUUUUGAUCCUGGAGCUGCUGUGAAACAGAGAACUGCAGAAGAUGUUAAGGCAGAUGAAGAUGUCACAAAGCUAUGCAUACAUAAAAGAAAAAUCAUUGCAGUGGCCACACUUCAUAAAAGCAUGGAAGCCCCACAUCCUUCUCUGGUGCUCACCAGUCCCGGAGGAGGAACAAAUGCAACUCCAGUAGUACCUUCAAGGGCAGCAACUCCAAGAUCCAUAAGAAAUAAGCCUCAUGAAGGAAUUACAAAUUCUGUAAUGCCUGAAUGUAAGAAUCCUUUCAAGUUAAUGAUUGGAUCAUCAAAUGCCAUGGGAAGGCUAUGUGUACAAGAACUGCCUGGAAGCCAACAGCAAGAACUCCACCCUGUCUACCCCCGACAAAGAUUGGGCAGCAGUGAACACGGACAGAAGUCUCCAUUCCGUGGCAACCAUGGAGGCCUGCCCAGCCCAGCGUCAUCAGGUUCCCAGAUUUAUGGAGAUGGCUCAAUCUCUCCAAGGACUGACCCACUUGGAAGUCCUGAUGUUUUCACAAGAAAUAAUCCUGGUUUUCAUGGAGCUCCCAAUUCUAGUCCUAUUCACCUGAAUAGGACUCCUCUUUCUCCACCAUCAGUAAUGCUACAUGGUUCUCCUGUACAGUCAUCCUGUGCAAUGGCUGGAAGGACUAAUAUACCUCUUUCCCCAACCUUGACUACAAAGAGUCCAGUAAUGAAAAAACCAAUGUGUAAUUUUUCAACUAACAUGGAAAUACCACGAGCAAUGUUCCACCACAAACCACCCCAAGGCCCACCUCCCCCUCCUCCACCUUCUUGUGCUCUUCAGAAAAAGCCAUUAACAUCUGAGAAAGAUCCACUUGGCAUUCUUGACCCUAUUCCUAGUAAACCAGUGAAUCAGAACCCUGUUAUCAUUAAUCCAACCAGUUUCCAUUCAAAUGUCCACUCUCAGGUACCUGUGAUGAAUGUAAGCAUGCCUCCUGCUGUUGUUCCUUUGCCAAGUAAUCUCCCUUUGCCAACCGUAAAACCUGGUCACAUGAAUCAUGGGAGUCAUGUACAAAGAGUACAGCAUUCAGCUUCAACCUCCCUGUCCCCUUCUCCAGUGACAUCCCCAGUGCACAUGAUGGGGACUGGAAUUGGAAGGAUUGAGGCAUCGCCCCAAAGAUCACGCUCAUCUUCCACAUCAUCAGAUCAUGGAAACUUUAUGAUGCCACCUGUAGGACCCCAGGCCACUUGUAGUGGUAUUAAGGUUCCACCCAGGUCACCAAGGUCAACAAUAGGGUCCCCAAGGCCAUCAGUGCCAUCAAGCCCUUCUACCAAGUCCGAUGGACAUCAUCAAUACAAGGAUAUCCCUAACCCAUUAAUUGCUGGAAUGAGUAAUGUACUAAAUACCCCAAGCAGUGCAGCUUUUCCUACUGCAUCUGCUGGAAGUGGUUCUGUAAAGAGUCAGCCUGGUUUGCUGGGAAUGCCUUUAAAUCAGAUCUUGAACCAGCACAAUGCUGCCUCCUUUCCAGCAAGUAGUUUACUCUCAGCAGCAGCCAAAGCACAGCUAGCAAAUCAAAACAAACUUGCUGGUAACAACAGUAGCAGCAGUAGCAAUUCUGGAGCUGUUGCCGGCAGUGGCAACACUGAAGGACAUAGCACUUUAAACACCAUGUUCCCUCCUACUGCCAACAUGCUUCUCCCAUCAGGUGAAGGGCAAAGUGGUCGAGCAGCACUAAGAGAUAAGCUGAUGUCUCAGCAAAAAGACUCAUUGCGGAAAAGAAAACAGCCACCUACCACAGUGUUGAGUUUGCUCAGACAGUCUCAAAUGGAUAGUUCUGCAGUUCCUAAACCUGGACCCGACUUGCUAAGGAAGCAGGGUCAGGGUUCAUUCCCCAUCAGUUCAAUGUCUCAGUUACUACAAUCUAUGAGUUGUCAAAGCUCUCACUUGAGUAGCAAUAGUACCCCCGGUUGCGGGGGCUCAAAUACUGCUUUGCCUUGCUCUGCUAACCAGCUGCAUUUUACAGAUCCCAAUAUGAACUCCAGUGUUCUUCAGAAUUCACUGACACAGAACAUACCUUUAAGAGGGGAAGCCGUGCACUGCCAUAACGCAAACACUAACUUUGUUCACAGUAACAGUCCAGUCCCCAACCACCAUCUUGCAGGUUUAAUAAAUCAGAUUCAGGCUAGCGGGAACUGUGGGAUGCUCAGUCAGUCGGGCAUGGCUUUAGGAAAUUCAUUACAUCCCAAUCCACCUCAGUCAAGAAUUUCAACGUCCUCCACUCCAGUGAUACCAAACAGCAUUGUUAGCAGCUAUAAUCAAACAAGUUCUGAAGCAGGAGGUUCAGGACCGUCAUCUUCCAUAGCCAUAGCAGGCACCAACCACCCUGCCAUCACAAAGACAACGUCUGUUCUGCAAGAUGGCGUCAUCGUCACCACCGCAGCUGGAAACCCACUGCAGAGUCAGCUGCCCAUUGGGAGUGAUUUUCCUUUUGUUGGCCAGGAGCACGCACUUCAUUUUCCAUCCAACAGCACUUCAAACAACCAUCUUCCACACCCCUUGAACCCCAGCCUCCUCAGUUCUCUACCUAUCUCUUUGCCAGUGAAUCAACAGCAUCUCCUAAACCAGAAUCUAUUAAAUAUCCUCCAGCCUUCAGCAGGAGAAGGCAAGUCUGAGAUCAACUUCCACCCUUUAGGUUUUCUCAACCCGAAUGUAAACGCUGCUUUAGCUUUUCUCUCCAGUGACAUGGAUGGGCAGGUAUUACAGCCUGUUCACUUUCAGCUCUUAGCAGCCCUGCUUCAGAACCAAGCCCCAGCAGCUGCCAUGCUUCCCCUGCCAUCUUUCAAUCUGACCAUCUCAGAUCUUUUGCAACAGCAAAAUACCCCUUUACCCUCAUUAACACAGAUGACAGCCCCACCAGACCAUUUGCCAAGCAAUCAGUCAGACAACAGCCGAGCUGAGACCCUUUUAACCAGCCCCCUGGGGAACCCUUUACCAAGCUUUGCAGGCAGUGACACUACUUUUAACCCCCUGUUCCUCCCAGCUGUCACUGGGGCCUCAGGAUUAAUGGCCUUGAAUCCCCAGCUGUUGGGAGGUGUCCUGAACUCGGCAUCGGCCAACUCUGCUAAUCAUCCAGAGGUUUCCAUAGCAACCUCCUCCCAGGCAACCACUACCACAACCACUACAUCAUCAGCAGUGGCAGCACUGACUGUCUCAACACUUGGUGGGACAGCAGUGGUGUCAAUGGCAGAAACAUUGCUGAAUAUAUCUAAUAAUGCUGGGAAUACACCUGGUCCAGCUAAACUCAACAGUAACUCUGUGGUGCCACAGCUACUUAACCCUCUACUGGGGACAGGUCUGCUUGGUGAUAUGUCAUCAAUAAACAAUACUUUGAAUAACCAUCAACUGACUCAUCUACAGUCGCUGUUAAACAACAAUCAGAUGUUUCCUCCAAAUCAGCAACAACAGCAACUUCUCCAGGGGUACCAGAACCUCCAGGCAUUCCAAGGACAGUCCACAAUUCCUUGCCCAGCUAACAAUAACCCCAUGGCAUGUCUGUUUCAGAACUUUCAGGUGAGAAUGCAGGAAGAUGCAGCUCUCCUCAACAAAAGAAUAAGCACUCAGCCGGGGCUCACAGCACUUCCUGAGAAUCCGAACGCUGCACUUCCACCUUUCCAAGAUACACCUUGUGAGCUGCAACCAAGGAUUGACCCAUCUCUUGGUCAGCAGGUGAAGGAUGGCCUCGUUGUGGGUGGCCAAGGUGAUGCUUCCGUAGAUGCCAUUUACAAAGCAGUUGUCGAUGCAGCCAGCAAAGGGAUGCAGGUUGUCAUCACCACUGCAGUCAACAGUACAACUCAGAUCAGCCCCAUUCCAGCUCUGAGUGCCAUGAGUGCCUUCACUGCCUCGAUUGGUGACCCAUUAAAUCUCUCCAGUGCUGUCAGUGCGGUCAUUCAUGGACGAAACAUGGGAGGUGUGGAUCAUGAUGGUAGGCUGAGGAAUGCAAGAGGGACUCGGCUGCCCAAGAAUCUAGACCAUGGGAAAACCUCAAACGAAGGAGAUGGGUUUGAGUAUUUCAAGUCAGCAAGUUGCCACACGUCCAAAAAACAGUGGGACGGGGAACAAAGCCCCAGAGGGGAGCGAAACAGGUGGAAGUAUGAGGAAUUUUUAGAUCAUCCAGGCCAUAUCCACAGUAGUCCUUGUCACGAAAGGUCCAACAAUGUCUCUACACUGCCAUUUCUGCCUGGGGAACAGCACCCAAUACUGUUACCACCAAGAAACUGUCAAGGGGAUAAAAUUCUGGAGGAAAAUUUCAGGUAUAAUAACUACAAAAGAACUAUGAUGAGUUUUAAGGAGAGACUAGAGAACACUGUGGAAAGAUGUGCACACAUUAAUGGGAACAGACCUCGACAGAGUCGGGGAUUUGGAGAGCUGCUAAGCACUGCAAAGCAAGACCUGGUCCUAGAGGAGCAGUCUCCAAGUUCCUCAAAUAGUUUGGAAAGUUCUCUGGUCAAAGACUACAUCCAUUACAAUGGAGACUUUAAUGCCAAAAGCAUUAAUGGGUGUGUGCCUAGCCCUUCAGACGCUAAAAGCAUUAGUAGUGAAGAUGACCUAAGGAAUCCAGACUCCCCCUCUUCAAAUGAGUUGAUACAUUAUAGACCAAGGACGUUCAAUGUUGGCGACUUGGUCUGGGGCCAAAUCAAAGGACUGACUUCCUGGCCUGGAAAAUUAGUAAGAGAAGACGACGUUCACAAUUCAUGUCAACAAAGCCCCGAGGAAGGGAAGGUCUGGGUAAUGUGGUUUGGUCUUCAUACCUUCACUCAGGUGGAGCCCGAGAAGUUGAAGACACUAACAGAAGGUUUGGAAGCCUACAGCCGAGUCCGGAAAAGAAACAGAAAAAGUGGAAAGCUAAAUAACCAUUUAGAAGCUGCUAUUCAUGAGGCCAUGAGUGAACUGGACAAAAUGUCUGGGACUGUACACCAAAUCCCACAAGGAGACAGACAAAUGAGACCCCCCAAACCCAAGAGGAGGAAGAUCUCCAGAUAACAGAGACUACUCCAGUAAUGCGCAGUGUUUAUCAAAGGAACAUGCACAGAUGUAUCUGUAUAUAGGUAUUGAUAUAGCCACUGUUAUAUCAAUAUUUACACUAUGGCAGAUAGCUACCACCACCACAGGGUGCUCAAAGAACAGUGAUAGAAAAUUUUUCGAUCAGGAAGGAUAAUGAAUGCUGGAAAAACCAAUCAAAAUCCCUGUAUGAUGAGAAUGAUAAAUGGUCCAGAGAUUACUGAGAAACUUUUUUUCUAUAAUACUAAAAUUGUGAUUAUAAGAAAGAGUCCAAAUGUUUCUGAAGACUUUUCAAUGUUGUAUAUAGAAAAUACAGAAUUUCAUGGUGAUAUCAGAAAUGUAAAUAUUGUACAAUAUUGUCAUGUACAAGCGUACCUAAUGCACACUUUAUCUUUUAUUGUACAAAGAAAUAGUGUACAAAAUUCUUUGGUUUCUAUGGAGUACACCUACCAGAGACUACCAGUGUAAAGUGAUAAAUAAAAAUACAAUCUAAAUGCUUUUCUAUGAUAAUGUAAAAGAUGCUGUUUUUGUAUCUAACAGCAGAGAAAAGGCAUGAAGAUGUAAUAUCUGAAUUAUGACAUACACUGAGCACCCCUGAGUAUCCAUUUAUAUUGUUUGUUUGGAAUGAACCUUGCCUGGAAGCACUGGAGUCAAUUUUGGGUGUCUAGGAAAUUGCGACCUUGAAGAUUUCUAAAGGGAUGAGGGCUCACAGGUCUAAAUUAAGAAUUCAGAAGCUGCAACCAUUUGUUGCAUAUUUUUUUUACCUAAGUUUUAAAAUAGAAUAGGUUUUAUAAAAAAAAAUCUUAGAUGGAAUAUUUUACUCAGCCAUUUCUGUAGUUGACACUUGAUAGCCACCUGUUGAACCAGAUAGCUUCUAUUGCACCACCACUGGUGUUCAGGCAAAAGCCUCACUAUGAAACCAUUGUCAGAGGUAAGGUGGAUUAUAAUUCAGUUUUUUUGUAGUAGCAAAACUAAAUACAAAUCAUGAAAGCAAGUUUCAUAUCCAUUCUUCAGUAUUACUUAACCCAGAAGUUAAGGUGGCUUACAAAAUUAUUAGCAAUGGUAAUUUUUUAUCAGUAUUAUGUAACAUAUCAGAUUUAUUUUAUUUAAAGAAUUAUUUAUACCAUUAACAGAUUCUUAUAUAUAUUAAUGUGGCUGAAAUGUGCAGGUUAAAUCUAUUAACCAAAUUAUUUAUAUUAUAUUAAGUAAGAAAAAAAUGUGAAACAAAUGUAGAGAGAAAAUACUACAUUACAAGUAUACAAACCUAAAACUGUGAGCCAUUGUAAAGUACAAGGUAAUUAAUAAGAAAUGUAGCACAACAUAAUUUUCCGUCUUUUUUUCACAAUUUUUGUGGUGGUGGUAUAACCUGAUCUUCCAGGCAGUGAAGCGAAUUCUCAGGCCUCUAGCCUGGAGCUUCAGUUGAUGGAUUGUCAAAAGAAGGGAUCCAUUAUCCCUAUAUUUUUGGAACCACCAGUUCCCCAGCCUCUACUCCGAACCCGUAAACCUCUGGAGAGCACUGCCUUGUCCUCCCGCCUGGGGUUCCCACAACAGCCUAACGCCCAGGCUGCUAGGAGGUUCCCCAGUAGCAGGCUCUGGACCCCCAAAUGCCCACCACCUGUCCCACUCCUCCUCUCCCACCUACUCACCACGCUCCUCACUCCUGUCAUGUAGCAGAGUUCCAGUAACUCAGGAAAAAGGAGACCAAGGUCAUUCCUUGAGUUGGUUUCUUGGGGCCACAGCACAGAGCAUGCCACCUGGGCUCACUUUUGAUAGCAACAGCUCUUAGUUAUUCCCCUAGGUCUCCUGUGUCUCUCUGUCCCUUCCGUUCCCACCCUCACCCCUACCCACCACCCUGAUGGAAUACAACUGGCCACCCUGGGCUUCAUGGCCUGGAAGUGGGAACCUUUCCUUCAGGGGGGUGGGUUCCUUUGUCUUUCUUGUAAUGGGGAUUGCCUGCCCAGUCCUUCAUGUGGUCACACGAAGUAAUCUUUUGUGUAGCUCAGUUGACAUAUUUUCGCUACAAGUUGAUGUGUUUGGUAUAUUUAAACCAUUAAUGUCCAUUUUUUUUUUUUUGCACCAAACUGCUUUUCUACUGUUCUUUUCAACACAGUUGUGUUUAUUCACACAGACGUAUAUAUGUACGUUGGAUUGUCUGCAUGUGUGUGUGUGUGUGUGUUGAUAUGCAGAUUUUUUUUAGCCUUUGCAUUUCUGUCUUCAGACUGAGUUUGUGUUGACCACGCCUUCUUCUUUAUAUGUUGAGCUAAUUCGGUUUGUGCUUCCCAAACAUUGUAUACUUUACAUCAGUAGACCAUGUAAAGUAUGUUUGUGCCCAUGAUUUCACUGGUUGCUUGUGGCUUUGAUGUGGGUGUUAGGUGUAGUUGUUUCAGUCCACAUGUUUUUGUUUGUUUGUUUGUUUGUUUUGGUCUCUCUUAGAGUUAUAUGGUUUCAUGUAAGCAGUUAAUGUAAAUAUUGUUAGCAUUACAGGCCAUGCAGUGCUGUAACAUUUUUUCAAAUGUUGCACCUACAUUACAAUUAAAAAAUUGGUCACUCAGACUUCAA